AUGGCUGAUGGGAACGAUUCCCUUUAUUGGAGUCCUAAUAGUAACGGCAACUUCAGUGUUAGCUCAGCCUACAAAAUGCAUAACAGCAGUCAGUUGGUUGAUGAUAACAGGAAUAAGCUUCUAACAAACUAUGAACGUGGUCGUAGGCAUAUGACUGACGAUGUUUCUUGUAGGAUUUACGGUCAUCACACCGAAGACAUUGAUCAUCGCAAUAAUUUUGUGUUUAACAAGAACAAAUGCAGCUCCGUCACACUUGCGCUCGAAGUCUGUUGGAUGGUUGAUUACACUACUCAAGCUCAGCGCUAUGCCCUUCUUUCCAAUCCAAGUCUGCGAAGUAAGCAUGAAGUUCUUAUUGGCUGGAGUCCUCCUUCCCCUUUUGUGCUUAAGAUCAACACUGAUGGGGCGCUUCGGGCUUCAGAGAAUAAAGCUGCUUCGGGUGGCGUUGCUCGGAAUAACAACGACGAUUGGGUUUUUGGGUUCAGCAGAUCUAUUGGUUAUUGCUCAGUUAUCCAGGCUAAACUUUGGGAAGCUUUGGAAGGUUUAUAUAUUGCUUCGAAUAAAGGCUUCAGAAUCAUUAUUUUGGAAAUGGAUGGCUUGCUCGCAGUGGAAGGUCUUAUGCGCAAUGACACUACGAUUAAUGCCAAUACUAACCCGCUGCUUGCCAUCAGAAACCUUAUGCGCUGGGAUUGGCACGUCUGUAUCCAGCAUAUUCUAGGGAAGGCAACCAUUGUGCCGACAAGAUGGCGAGUUAUGGCCUCACUCAUCCUUUGGGGCUGUAAAUCUACGACAACAUGUUAG